CGCGCUUCCGGGUUGACAGCCGCGGCGUCCGGAGCUGGAGCGUAGUGGCGGCGGGGGCGGGGAUCGGUGACGGGCCCGGUUAGUGCCCUCUGAGCAGCCGGGUGGACUGACCGUAGCAGGACCCCGCCGGGCGGCCCUGACAGAUUUAAGCCUCUUCAGAGGCUUCUGGAGAAAAUGGCUGACACAACCCCAGAGCCUUCUGGGCAGCUUAUUGUACACUCAGACACUCACAGUGACGCUGUCCUGGCCAGUCUUGAGGAUCAGAGGAAGAAGGGCUUUCUUUGUGAUAUUACUUUAAUCGUGGAGAAUGUGCAUUUCCGAGCCCAUAAAGCCUUACUGGCCGCCAGUAGCGAGUAUUUCUCAAUGAUGUUUGCGGAAGAGGGCGAGAUUGGCCAGUCCAUCUAUAUGCUGGAAGGCAUGGUCGCAGACACCUUUGGUAUCCUGCUGGAAUUUAUCUAUACAGGCUAUCUACAUGCCAGUGAGAAAACGACAGAACAAAUUCUGGCUACUGCUCAGUUCUUAAAAGUCUACGACCUGGUAAAGGCGUACACAGACUUUCAGAAUAACCAUAGCUCCCCAAAACCACCGGCUUUGAACUGCACUGGGACGCCAGUGGUCGUUAUUUCCAAUAAGAAGAAUGAUCCUCUGAAACGGAAACGGGGGAGGCCAAGAAAAGCCAGCAGUUUGCAGGAAGGGAAAUCAGAACUAGCGGCAGAGGGGGAGAUGCAGCUAAGAGUGAACAAUUCGGUUCAGAAUAGGCAAAACUUUGUGUUCAAAGAGGAAGACAGUGUCAAGUUGAACGAACAAGCUUCAAAAGAAAAGGAAUGCGAGCCUGCCGGCGAGCCCGGAGCAGUGGAGGAGAUGCCCGCCGAAAAGGACGAGAACUUUGACCCCAAGGCUCGGGAUGGACAGGAUGCCCAGAGCAGGUACAGCAAGCGGAGGAUUCGCAGGUCUGUCAAGCUUAAAGAUUACAAACUUACUGGAGAUGAAGAUGACCACAGUACUGCCAAGAGGAUUUGUGGGAGAAAAAGGGGCCCCAGCGGCCCCGAGGCCCGGUGUAAAGACUGCGACAGAGUCUUUAAAUAUAACCACUUCUUAGCAAUCCACCAGAGACGCCACACUGGGGAGCGACCCUUCAAAUGCAAUGAGUGUGGAAAGGGGUUCGCUCAGAAGCACUCCUUGCAGGUCCACACCCGGAUGCAUACGGGGGAGCGGCCGUACACCUGCACCGUGUGCAGCAAGGCGCUGACCACCAAGCACUCCCUGCUAGAGCACAUGAGCCUGCACUCAGGACAGAAGUCUUUUACCUGUGACCAGUGUGGAAAAUAUUUCAGCCAGAAAAGACAGCUAAAGAGCCAUUAUCGAGUCCAUACAGGCCACUCACUACCUGAAUGCAACCACUGCCAUCGAAAGUUUAUGGAUGUGUCCCAGCUAAAGAAGCAUCUGCGGACGCACACAGGUGAGAAGCCAUUUACUUGUGAAAUUUGUGGGAAAUCUUUCACUGCAAAGAGUUCCCUUCAGACCCACAUCAGAAUCCACCGAGGAGAAAAGCCGUACUCCUGCAGCAUCUGUGGCAAAUGCUUCUCUGACUCCAGUGCCAAGAGGAGACACUGCAUCCUACAUACGGGCAAAAAGCCUUUCUCCUGCCCCGAGUGCAGCUUACAGUUUGCUCGCCUAGACAAUUUGAAGGCUCACUUGAAAAUCCACAGCAAAGAGAAGCACACCUCAGACUCCAGCAGUGUUUCUGGCAGCAAUGCUGAUGAGGUCCGGAACAUUCUUCAGCUGCAGCCGUACCAGCUCUCCACCUCAGGAGAGCAGGAGAUUGAGCUUCUCGUAACUGACUCUGUGCAUAACAUCAGCUUCAUGCCCGCGCCCAGCCAGGGUGUCGGCAUCGUCGCUGCUGAAGGCUCCCAGAAUGGGGCCACAGACACCGCAGCCAACAUCACCCUGCUCACACAGCAGCCGGAGCAGCUCCACAGCCUGAUCCUCACAGCUCAGCAGGAGCCGGCAGAGCACAUGCAGAGCCUGGGUCUGAUUGGUGGCCAGAUGGAGUCCUCCCAGACUGAGCCAGUGCAUGUCAUCACCCUCUCCAAGGAAACGCUGGAGCAUCUCCACGCUCACCAAGAGCAGACACCCAGCUCAGUCCCUGCAGCUGACGCGGGAGCCAGAGCCACCCCGCCCCCGUCCGCUAGGCCAGGAGCAGAGCUGACCCAGGCGCCUCUGACCGUUCCGCUGGAACCUUCCCCUGGAGCAACAGUGGCAGUGGCCCUUUGGGCCAUCAUCUUACAGAUCCUUAAAGAUGUGACCCAGCCAUUCUUUAUCCUGGGCUCCUAUCAGGGCAGAAUCCGCCUUAUCUCUUUUUGGUUUUUCGAGACAGGGUUUCUCUGUAUAGCCCUGGCUGUCCUGGAACUCACUCUGUAGACCAGGCUAGCCUCGAACUCAGAAAACUGCCUGCCUCUGCCUCCCAAGUGCUGGGAUUAAAGGCAUGUGCCACCAC